AUGCAGCUCGUCAAGUCCCUCACUACCAGCUUACUCCUUGCUAGCAGCUGCCUGGCAGCUGCAAGCCCUGCCACCUGGCAACGUUCUCAGGUUGGAGCCAAGCACCACCCAAAGAAGGCUGCUCCUAAGGUGUUCAUUGUGUCCAUGUUUGAACCGGAAGCCGCUGCUUGGUGGGGAAUUCCUGAAUUCAAUCUUCUGGCUCACAACAUCACCAUACCCGGUGCCUCGCCCGUCUUCCCUGACGUUCACUGUACUGCCGAUUACAGCGUGUGUCAGCUCAUCACCGGGGAGGGAGAGAUCAACGCCGCUAUCACGGUCUCCUCCAUUGCCCUGUCUCCCUUCUUCGAUCUCACCCACACCUACUUCCUCAUCGCCGGUAUCGCCGGUGUCAACCCCAAGGUCGCCACGCUCGGCAGCGUAACCUUCGCCCGGUAUGCCAUCCAAGUUGCCCUGCAAUACGAGAUCGAUCUCCGCGAGCUCCCCGACAACUUCACAACCAGCUACUUCCCCCAGGGCUCCUACGCCCCCAAUCAAUACCCAACUAGCAUCUACGGCACGGAAGUCUUCGAAGUGAACGCCGAGCUGCGCACCCUGGCUGCCUCCUUCGCUAAGAAGGCCAACCUCAGCGACUCCGAAGCCGCCCAGUCCUACCGCAGCAAGUACACAGCCGAAGGCUACGAAGCCGCCACCAAGGCGCCCUCCGUUCUCGAGUGCGAUGUCGCGACCACAGAUGUGUACUACAGCGGCAAGCUGCUCAGCGAGACCUUCGACAACACCACCGAGCUCUGGACCAACGGCACAGGUAAAUAUUGCACCUCCGCCCAGGAAGACAACGCAACCCUGCAAGCUCUCCUGCGCACCUCCGCCCGCAACCUGACCGACUUCUCCCGCAUCAUCGUCAUGCGCACCGCCUCCAACUUCGACCAGCCUCACACGAACCAAACCGCCCUCCAACACCUCCGCUACUCUGACGCCGGCGGCUUCCAGCCCUCCAUCGACAACCUCUAUAACGCCGGUAUCGAGGUCGUGAACGGCAUCCUCAACGCCUGGAACUCCACCUUCGCCGCCGGUGUCAAGCCCUCCAACUACAUUGGCGACAUCUUCGGUACCCUCGGCGGUACCCCUGAUUUCGGUCCCGGUGCUGCCCAGGCCCUCGAGGGCGCGGGCGCGAUCACCAAGAGAGGCCUCGUUCGCAGGGGCGUGCGCUUCGCUUAA